CGCGGCGCAUGGAACGUUGGAAGAGAGGAACCAUCCGAUGAAGAUGUUUCUAUGGCCCCUGGCUCCGCCUCCUGAACCGAGACAAUGAACAGGGCCUCCAGCCUAUCAGGCGACACGCUGAUAGCGUGUCACUUCCCACUGGUGCAGCUCCCUCCCUGGCAGCUUCCUGUCCAGGCUCUGUGCGGCUCCUCCAAGCGCCGGCUGUGUCCUGCCGGCCUGACCCGCGCUGCCUCCCUCCCUGAGCAGGACUGCCACCAAAGGGAGGGCGCCUCGCACGGCACCCUGCGGCACACCUCCAGCACCUGCUGCAGCCUGCAGGAGGACCGCGGCGAGGACGGCGAGGACGAGGGCAGCGACAGCAGCAGCGCCCGCUGCGACUCCGCCUCCUCGCCGGACGAGGCGCCGCCCUCCACCAGAUGCCUGAGGAAGUCCAGGAACUCCUUCCUGCCCAACACGGAGGUGGACGAGGACGAGGAGGAUGAAGACAGCGACGGAGACAACCUGCACAAGUACCGGGAAGACUCUUCCUUCGUGCUGCAAGGGAACUCCAACUGGGCCUUGAGCAACACGGCAAGGCCCAUCUCAGAACCGACUCAGUCCUGUGACCGACUGAACAGCACCCGUAGGAUGGGGUGUGACCACGAGGGGGCGCCCUGCCCGUCGCAGCACGACAGCAGAGCCGAUGCGAUGUCGAUGGACUGUGAGUGCGAAGGGCAGGGCCGUGUCCGAGGCGGAGACGAGAGCGGCGAUGACAACACGCUGGGGUACGACGACGCAGCCUGCCGCCUCAGCUGCGACCAACUGUCCAGUUUCCCCGGAACAUUCUCCAACGGACAUCUGGAGGACGCCAGCGACUCCUCCUGUGACAGCUCCGAUGGCGUCCUCGUCAACUUCAGCGCCAUCUACAACAGGAGCAACAACCCCGACCCGCCGCAGCACCCGUGCAGCCCCGCGCCGCGCCGCUCCUCCACACCAGCAGAGGGCUCCAUCGUCCUCAACCUGGAGCCCUUUCCCCCCGGGACUCACUACGACCCCAGCCAGGGGGACGAGCCCAGCUUCUCUCCCCAGGACGCGGUGCUCUCAGCCCCCGGCUGGUCUCCACUGGCGGUGGACUCCAACUGUAACCUGUUCCACCAGGCCCCCCUGUCCCCCAGGGCCCCCCUGUCCCCCCAGCCCCAGGGCCUGUCUUCCCUGGAGCUCUCCGCCCGUCUCCAGACCCAGGCCGGCCUGUCCACGGGGCCCACUCAGAAAUACUACAAGCUGGUGACCUGUGACCUGUCGUCCCAGUCCUCCCCCAGCCCGGCGUGGUCUAGCCGGGCCAGCUGCUCUCCAGGAGAGACCCCCAGUAGAGCCAGCCCCGGACGGCCGGACCAUUACUUCCUCUUCAGCAAGACCCAGGGAGCGCAGGCGCCGGGGGGUCGACAAGUUCGACCUGAGCCACUGACGGAUCUGAUUCGACCUGAGUCACUGACGGAUCUGAUUCCAGAGAAGGAACCACAGAAGGAGAAGAGGAAAUCCACACCGGUCCCGAACGGCAACGACUUCGACCGAAUCCCGUGUGGAAGCUGGGACGCUGGCCACGUGGCCUCCUUCGCCCAGAUGAUCCACGCUUGGAGCCAGAGCUCCAGCCACUCCCAGGCCUCCAAGGAACUGUGCCCCAUCCAGGAGGCCUUUCCCCUGGGCGCCAGCCAAGCAGCUCUCCCUCCCAGGCAAAGCCCCAGCCAAGGAACCAGCACUGUGACCACCCACCCAUCUGUUCUGCUGGAACUGGGCCAAGGAAAAUGCGAGGCUGAAGCCCAGCUGGAUGGGGCAUGUUCCAGGGCCUCCCCUGUUGUGCGCUACAGUAAGGCCCAGAGGCCCACCUCUCUGCCCGUCCAGCCCUUCGUACUGCUAACCCCCCCAGGGACACUCCAGCCCCUGGGCUCCCUGCUGGACCAGUACAUCAGCCACAAGCACACCAAACCUGGGGACAACCAGCCUGCCGGCGCCCAGCCUGGCUCCAGGGGCAAGGGUGACCGCCUGCUGACCCACCUGAGACCCUCUCCCCUGGGCAGCCUCGGCCCCAUCCUCCUGGAGGCCCUGUCCAGCUCCGACACCUGCUCCACCUGCACGCCCAGCCCAGAUUGUCUCCUCUCCAGAACCAGCUACGGCCGCACAGGCCUGGGUCAGAGCCAAACCAGUCCAAACAGACAGCACACCAGCCCCUGUCAAGCUCAAACAGCCCAGACUCACACUGACUCGAUCCAAACCCGCCCUUAUCUUACUAACAUCCAGUCGUCCAACACCCUCCGAAACCUGACCCAGCCCAGACCAGACAAGAUCCUAAACAUCCCUGUCGUACCCCAGCCCAACCCGGCCAAGAUCUUUAACAUUCCUGUCCAACCCCACUCCAACCCAGACAAGAUCUUUAACAUCCCUCUGCAAACCCAGCCCAGCCCAGGCAAUGCUCAGACCUGCUACGACCUCGUCCACCUCUCUCCUGUCCGGACUCACACAAGCCCGCCGGUGUCCCUCUCUCGCCUCCCAGCUGCUGUAGAAGCUCCACCUCCACCUCCCAUAGACCUAACUUCCUCUUUCCACAGCCCGGCCACGGCCUUACCCUCCAGGGCCCCUCUGCCCUCCCUCGGCUACCUGCUCUCCCAGGCCUGUCCUGGAGGACAGGAAACAAGCUGGACUGGAGACUCUUUCACCAUGAGCGACCGUCCGCCCGUGGAGUUCAGCCUGUCGCCUGAGACCUCGUACGAAUCCCUGUCCAUCAGUCAUCUGCAGAGGAGAGGUCUGCUCAAAGCAGUGAGCUUGGCUGUGGAUCUGAUCAUGGCUCAUUUUGGCACCAGUCGAGACCAUGAGGAAAAGUUGAGACUAGGCAACAGCUCCAGAAGUUCCACCAUCGGAGGUCUGGUUCUGGAACAUCUGUGUCCCACAAUCCAGAACAUUCUCCUGGAUGGCCUUCGGGACCAUAAACUGGACCUGAUCAUCGGCCAGCUCCCCAACCACUCCUGGAGCACGGUGGAAGCUUUCACACAAGCAGGUCCAUCCACCCGUGUGCUCCACAGCCUGGUCACCAAGGUCCAACAGUGCACCCUCCUCACCAGCCACUGCAUGAGACUCAGGGCCUUCAUCAUGGGCCUGCUCAACUUGAGGUCCUUAGAAUUCUGGCUGAGUCACCUUCACAGCCAAAAAGACUUGGUCAUGUCUCACUACCAUCCCUGGGGUUUCCUACCCAUGUCCCAGGGGCGCUGCCAGCCACUUUUCCAGGAACUUCUCCUCCUGGUGCAACCCCUCUCCAUGCUGCCCUUUGACCUCAACCUCCUUCUGGAACCCCGCCUCCAGCAGAACGGACACCUGUGGUGCGAGGAGCAGGAUCUCCCUCCUCCUCCAUGUUCCACCUUCCUCCUGUCUAGCUGGCCUAUCCUGAGAGCCGACAUCCAGGAAGUGGCACCCGCCUCCAGCCAGGGACCCAGAGACGGCAGCCGGGCCGAAGGGGAGCCCACCCAGCCCGGACCACCCCUCCACGGUUGUGGGGGGAGGAGAGAGGUCGACCAGCAGGAGAGAAGAGAGAGGCCUCCGGAUGGGUCCGACCGGGGCCUGUGGUUGGCCCCCAGCCCGGGGUGGUGGCAGAGACAGCCUGCUCACGUGGAGGGGGUGGUGGAGGGGGAGGAUUGCAGUCGGAACAACGUGAACAACCCUUCUGGGGCGCAGGGUGGAGUGGGGAAGAGAGGAGAGGCGGAGAAGCUGUUACGUAGGAGGGGCGAGGGAGAGAGGGAGAGCUCCAGGGCCAGGGCUGACCCUGCGGGUGAGAGUCUGCCUGAGGGAGGCCUGAGGUGGGCCAAGCUGUUUGGAUCGAGGGUAGACUCCUCCAUCAGGACACAGAACGCGUCUCCAAGCUCCGGCGGGACUCCCGCUAGAAGGCGACCCUCCCACUGGCUGCAGCUGGACAGGUCUCAGCUGGGCCUGCUGGCCCAGACAGUUUGGACAGGGAAACGUCAUGGGCCAGGACCAGGGCCGGAAACAGCACCAGGGCCAAGAACAAAACCAGGACUAAGACCAGGGCUAGGACCAGGGCUAGGACCGGGGCUAGGACCAGGGCUAGGACCGGGGCUAGGACCGGGGCUAGGACCAGGGCUAGGACCAGGGUUGGGACCAGGGCCUCACACUGAACAGGGCUAGGACUGGGGCUAGGACCAGGGCCUCACCCCAUCCUCCAGAGCCAUCCUCUCACACAGACACGGCCUCACUAGGAUCACACUGAGCCUUCCAAGAAAACUAAGCGCCACACACUCUUACCAAAAAAUCUAGAACACAGCAUGGCGUGUUGUGAUGUCAUCACAAGAAACACCUAUUGUUUUUAACAAACAGGAAGAGAGUGAGACCUGAUGAUACUAGUGUCUGAGCAUGACUGAUGGUGUUUGCUAGAUCUUUUGUACUGUACGCAUUAACACCUUGUGGACUAACCACGUCCCUAUGAUUCCUGUAUUUGGAAGUUCUCACGUUUCUAUAACGUAGUCUAUAAUGUGAUGGGACUUCAGACUCUGUUUCUGAAAGCUACUCCCUGCGCACCUUGAAAUCAUCCUGUGAGAUUCUGCUGAGUAUCUUCUGAUGUCAUGGGCUUGCCUUAGACAACUGAGAGAGACCUAUGCCCUUCAGAAAGAACCCAGAUCCUUGUCCAGAGAUGCAUGCGGUGUCCUCUUGUCUUCGUAUGAGUACACACCGCUCCGAAGAUAAUCCCUCUAGAUGA